AUGAUCAAUUCCCCAGACAAGAUCCGUGGCGAGUACCUCAGCGCCAUAGCUAAUUUCGGCAUCCCGCAGUACGGCGGCUCGCUGCAGGGCUCGGUGGUGUAUCCGGCGAAAUCGAACGACAUGUGCAAGCCGUACAAGGGGAACGACCUUGCGACGAAGGCCGGUGGCAUGCCGAAUAUCGUCAUCGUUGACCGCGGAGGUUGCUAUUUCACGGACAAGGUGUUCAACGCGCAGGAGGCCGGGGCAUCCGCCGUGAUCGUCGCGGACGACAAGGACGAGAAUCUCCUUACAAUGGACACUCCCGAGGACGAUCCCGACGCGGCGCGCAUGGUCGACAAGAUCACGAUUCCGUCGGCGCUGGUUCAGAAAUCGACGGCGGAUCUGAUUAAAAAGGGGCUCAAGAGCGGUCCGGGCGGGUACACGCUGUUCACGCCACACUACAUCACCUGGUACUGCCCGGAGGCGUAUUUGGAAAGCCGGCAGUGCAAGACGCAGUGUAUUAACGCCGGGAGGUACUGCGCGCCGGAUCCCGAGGAGGAUUUCGACGUGGGGUAUGAUGGGAAGGACGUGGUGGCGGAGAAAUCUGAGGCAGCUGUGCGUGCACCGCGUGGCGAACGAGACGCACGGGUCGUGGCUGUGGUGGGACUAUGUGACGGACUUCAAGAAGCGCUGCCGCAUGGCGGACAAGACGUACGGGCCGGAAUGCGCGGAGAGCAUCAUCACUGCGCUGGGGUUAGACGUGCAGAAGGUGCGCGAGUGCAUGGGCGACCCUACCAAGGACCAGGACAAAUGCUUGCAUGCUUGUCACCAUCUCCCGUCCGCGGCUUGCUGCCCUUCACCUCUCCUGCAGGGCUCGCGUGGGCGAAGGUGCGCGAGUGCAUGGGCGAUCCCACCAAGGAUCAGGACAACCCCGUGCUCAAGUCGGAGCAGGAGGCGCAGGACAACCCCGUGCUCAAGUCGGAGCAGGAGGCGCAGGUGACACAUACACGAAGGGAGGAGGUGGUUGGUGGGUGGAUUGGGCAGUGUAAUGAGUGGAUAGAGUAUAGAGCCACCCAGAGUGGCCCCACCAAGGACCAGGAUAACCCCUUGCUCAAGUCGGAGCAGGAGGCGCAGGGUAACCUCUUGCUCAAGUCGGAGCAGGAGGCGCAGGUGAGGCGCGGGGAGUGGAGGGAAAGAGUGGGGAAAGGUGAGGAGGGUGGGGGGGAGGAGAGGGGGGGUGGUGUUUAUGCACUCAAGCGGCACCGCAGUCGGUGGGGGGAAGGAGGAGAGAGGGGAGAAAAGGGAAGGGAGGGAGGGGGAGAGAGAGAGAGGGGAGUGAGGGAAAGAGGGCGGGAGGGGCAGAGAAAAUCCAGUAGGCAAGCUGGACUCAAAGGCGGUGCUGAAGGCCGUCUGCUCGGCUUUAAGGAAACCACCGACACCUCCUCCACGGGGGUGGGUCGCUGUCUGGUCAACAAUGGCGGCUGCUGGCAGGGGGCUGGCGAUGGCCAAACCUUCACUGCCUGCCAGGACAGUUCAUCGACCCAGUGUGUGUGCCCGCCAGGCUUCAGGGGAGAUGGGUUCAAGUGUGAGGACAUAGACGAGUGCUCCGAGCACAGCGCAUGCAGCUGUGUGGACUGCCACUGCAAGAACACAUUCGGGUCGUACGAGUGCUCGUGCUACAACGGGCUGGUGUAUCUCAAGGACUCAGACACGUGCAUCAGCAAGGAGGGAGGCACACCGCCCACGCGGCUGUGGGGAAUGGUGGCGGGCAUUGUGCUGGGCUCACUCGUGGUUGUGGCCAUCGUGGCUUAUGUCGUGUACAAGUACCGCCUCAGGUCAUACAUGGACUCGGAGAUCCGGGCCAUCAUGGCGCAGUACAUGCCGCUGGACAGUCAGAACGACCAGCAGGUGGCACGGCAGCCCAUGCUCAACAACGAUGACGAGUUCUCCGCGUAA